UUCUCCUGGAACAGUCAUUCUGCAGAAGAGGUCUAGUGCUUGCUCACAGGAGACACUCAGACAGAUGGAGAAUAUGCUGCCUUUAGCCACCGUGCUCUGCCUCGUCUCCGUCGCACGCGCAGUGCCACCAGGAUUCCAGGUGCGUCUGGCCGGCGGGAGGAGCGCGUACGAGGGCCGCGUGGAGGUGUUCUACAGCGGCACGUGGGGCACGGUCUGCGACGACGAGGUUAACAUUAAUCUGGCGAACGUUGUCUGCAGGGAACUCGGGUACGCGCAAGGUCUUACGUGGGCGCACAGCGCCAAAUUCGGACGAGGUCAAGGUCCGAUAUGGUUGGAUAACGUGGCCUGUACGGGCACUGAGAGCUCCAUAUCUGACUGUCGCUUUAACGGCUGGGGCAUACACGACUGCACCCACGCCGAGGAUCUGGGGGUGGUUUGUAGCUCAGAUGGUCAGCAGCAGGGCCAUGCUCCCCGAUACAGCGAACCAGCACAGCCUGCAUCCUCUUUCUCGCAGAUUCCAUCUGAGAUCCACCUUGCUCCGGACAGCUUAGGCCGCAGGCGUGGACAUGAAAUUGCGCUGCACCGUAAUGGCCCUCGGGGCUCCACAUCCUCGUCGCCCCAGCUGCAAGGGCAUCAAAUCCAGCUACGCCGGAAUGGUUACGAGAACGUGGCCACUCGCAGACAAGAGAAUUCUGUGCCACAAGGACACCAGCUGCCAGAUCAUCUGCGCAACGGGGCAGCAUACAGGCGCAAUCAGGAUGGGCCACCCAGGCCGGGUGGUCCAAUUGCCCCACAACCCAUCGCCCGACCACCUGAGAGUGACCCCCGAAUUCCCCAAGACAACAGAAUGAACACUGAUUUCACUGGCACUGUGGAACAGACAGUAGGAAGGGUGAGUCUGGAGGAAGUUCGUCUGCGGCCAGUCCUACCCAGCACCCGGAAUUCUGCCCUGGUAACGGAAGGGGUGGUUGAAGUCAAACAUGCUGGGAGAUGGAGGCACGUGUGUGCCCUUAGCUGGGACCUCAGCAACAGUAGAGUGGUGUGUGGCAUGUUGGGAUACCCCGCAGCCGAACAACACAAGGAACACCUGUACAGGAAACAUUGGGAUUCCAAGAUGGCAGAUCCAGCCAUGCGGUCUCUGGUCAGUAAGAAGGGGUACUGGGUAGAGAAGGUGCAUUGUUCGGGCAGUGAGAUCUCCUUGGCACAGUGCCAGGCCCAGCUGUCUAUCCCACGAAACGAGGUGCCGUGUAACGGCGGCAUGCAUGCUGUAGUGCGCUGCACACCUGGGCCGCAGUUCUCCCGACUCUCUGCCUCCGGACAGCCCCAAGCCCCGCCCUCUUCCCAGCAGGUAGUGCGCCUGAAGGCAGGCGCCAGGAUCGGAGAGGGCCGGGUGGAGGUGCUCAAGGAGGGCAAGUGGGGGACAGUGUGCGACCACCUCUGGGACCUGACCGCAGCCACUGUGGUGUGCAGGGAGCUUGGAUUCGGCUCCGCCAAGGAGGCCAUGAGAGGAGCCAUGAUGGGCCAAGGUACUGGUCCAAUCCACAUGAACUCAGUGCAGUGUACAGGUCGUGAGAGUUCUAUAAUGAGAUGUCAGUAUAAGGAGGUUCCCCUUUACACCUGCAAACACAGCCAGGAUGUUUCUGUACGCUGCAAUGUGCCCAAAACAGGCCUGGCAACCACGGUGCGCUUAGCAGGGGGGCGGGAGCCUAGCGAGGGGAGGGUAGAAGUGUUGAUGGACGUGGGCGGAGUCCAGCGCUGGGGGGCGGUGUGCAGUGAGAACUGGGGUAUCAAGGAGGCCAUGGUAGUCUGCAGACAGCUGGGCAUUGGCUUUGCUGCCACUGCCCACCAGGAGACCUGGUUCUGGCCAGGGAACCCAGAUUCUGAGGAGACUCUUCUAAGCGGGACACACUGUAUCGGGACAGAGAUGUCCAUCCAGCAGUGCCGGAAGAAUGGACAAGUUUACUGCCCUCGGGGGGGUGGAGGCAAAGCCGCAGGUGUCACCUGUGUGGAAGCGGCACCUGACCUGGCGGUGGACACGCAGCUUGUCCAGGAGACGGCGUACCUGGAGGACCGCCCACUGCACCUGCUCACCUGUGCCCAUGAAGAGAACUGCCUGUCAUCCUCUGCAGCUCGCAUGCGCUGGCCAUACGGCCACCGGCGUCUGCUACGCUUCUCCUCACGCAUCAUGAACCUCGGCCGCGCUGACUUCCGCCCGCGGGCGUCCCGGGAUGCCUGGGUCUGGCACCAGUGCCACAGACACUACCACAGUAUUGAAGUGUUCACACACUAUGACCUCCUCACCAUGAACGGAACCAAGGUUGCAGAGGGUCACAAGGCCAGCUUCUGUCUGGAGGACACCUUCUGUCCGGAUGGUCUGUCAAAGCGUUAUGCCUGUUAUAAUAUGGGGGACCAAGGUAUUUCUGUGGGAUGCUGGGACACCUAUCGCCAUGACAUUGACUGCCAGUGGAUUGAUGUUACUGACAUCAGCCCAGGCAACUACAUCAUGCAGGUUGAAGUUAACCCCUCUUUGGACAUGGCCGAGUCAGACUUUGAGAAUAACGUUAUGCGAUGCAGAUGCAGGUAUGAUGGAGCGAGAGUCUACCUGUAUGGAUGUCAUACUGGCAAUGCCUACAGUGCAGAGGUAGAGGACCUGUUUGAACACCAGCAACAGAUUUCUAACAACUUCCUCUAACGGGGAGCAAAGGAACCUGGAACGCAAAAACGGGACUCUCUCUUUCAUCAUCCUCUCAUCCCGCUUACGGACAGGGAGGAAGGGGAAGGAGGAGAAUGGGGCUAGGACAAAGAGAUUAGGGGCUAGGAUCUUUCUGGAUUGAUUUAGAUGAACUGGCGGUAGGGUGAAUUGACACGGGAGUUGGGUGCAGUUGCAGGACUAGUUCCAACACUGGGUUUAUUUCCUCUGAGAUGUUCCCCUGUGUAACUGAUCCUUUUACAGACUGGAUGGAGAACUGCUAUGUAUGCAGAUCCACCAGUCAGUCAUUAACAGCAAUACCUUUGGAGGAUAAAAAGAGGAAAGGGUGUUAAGGAAUUAGACUGGCCCAGAAGGGAUGGGGGCAUUGACAGAAAAUUAAGAAGAAUUAGAAUAAUUUUAUACAGACAUUGGUAAU